CAUGCGGCGAGUCCUCGUGUUUGGGACGUCGGCCAACCCGCCGUGCGGCAUGGGCGGACACAUGGGCUGCAUCGAGCAUUUUGCGCAGGAAUAUGAUGAAGUUUGGGUACUUCCUGUCUACCAACACAUCUACUCCAGCAAGCGGCACCUGGAAUCCUUUGAGCAUCGCGUGGCGAUGUUGGAAUUGGCGCGUCAGGCCAUUCCCCACGGCGAUCGCGUGCGCAUCGUCGAGACGGAGAAAGAUGUGUGGAUGCAAGCAUUGACGUCCCUUCCGCCCGAUGCAGAACCAUCUUCCAUUCGCAUUGGUACCGUCGACAUUAUCGCCAACCUCCAAGCGGCCAACCCGGACGUGCAGUUCUCGUGGCUCCUCGGUGCAGACACGUACAUGGACCUCGUACAAGGCAAGUGGAAAGGCGGUUUGGCCCUGUUGGACAUGGUUCAUCUUGUCGUGCUCCCUCGGGACGGUGUCGUCUUGGACACUUCGUCCCAUCCGUCCGUGACGAUUUCGUCCGUGCCGUCGUUGGAUGACUCGUCUUCGACCAAAGCGCGGCAGUCCCGCGACGCCGCCGCCGCACUCGUGCUCCCACCCGUCUUGGCGUACAUGCAAAAGCACAAAUUGUAUGCGUUUGCGUCCGAGAGAUAGAAUAAAAUAUAUGCAUUCGUUGACAUCGUUUACUCCUCGUGGUCUCGACGAACGAACAACUGGAUUCGGGUGCCCUUGGUGCCCAGCGUGUCGGUAACGAUGGUGCGCACCAAGCCGUACUUGCUGCACGCGGCGUCGAUCUCCUUCUCCGUGUCUUCGUCGUAUGAGAAGCUCGAGCACAUGAGGAACUGGCCUUCGCUGGACGACGUGAGCAGGCGGUCUACGGUCCAGAACAACAGCGCCACGAUUUCCCGCGCAUAAAUCACAUCUGUGCCGACAAUCAAGUCUGUUUUCGUGCCUCCUUGCAGCGCAUCGAUGGAGUCGACCUCAUUCGCGCCUUGGGGACCCCACCGAAGGCUCUGGGUGUGGCAUCGGGCCUGCUUAGGUCGAUGGGAUUGCUUCGUCACGUUGUGCUCGAUCGUCUUGAGGACGCCCGGGUCAUGGUCUGUGAAGAUGAUGGUCGAGGACGGGUCCAGCUGCGCAAACACAAGACCGGCAAGGCCACAACCGGCACCAAGCUCGACGAUAUUGCCGCGAGGAAGUUCCUUGAAAUGCGCAACCAUGUACUCGCACAAGGCGGGGGCGGCAGGCCACACGUAGUGGCCCGAUUGAACGAAACCAGGGUCGUCCUGCACGUAACUGAGGAACACACUCACGCGCGGAGUCGGGUCGGUGUCCGACGUGACGCCGUACGUGAACUCGCACGUGACCUUCUCGAGGCAGUCGUCGUACAUGAACCCAACAUCCGCAAGAAGGUCCUCGUCUGCGUCACUGCCCUCGCGGUUGUCGUCGUAUAGGAGAGACGAGAUAUCGAGCUUGUGCUGGAUGAUCUCCAUCUCUCGCUCCAGCGCCGCCUGCAUGUUGUCCACGUCCACCAUCGCCGCCAAAUUCGAAUGUG